GGCUCUCGGUGUGGACCGGGAGCGGGGGGAGGAGCGGGACCCGGCCGCGCACCGCAGGCUCAGCACCGGCCGGAGGACGCCGCGGUUUUGCAUAAGCCACGUUUAGGCUCGCGGAAGGCCGGGGCGCUGGCAGUCACCGCUCUGAAUGAGGAAUGGUGGAACGGGUGUUAAUUACAGCAGCCCCGCCGGGGGUGUGACCGCACGCACAGCCUGUCGCUGUGGCGGCUGCGCGCUGACCGGCAGCGGGGGCUCCGCCGCACGGGCCGUGCUUGCGAGCAGCGGUGGUCGUGUGCCCGGGGUGGGAGCAGGGCCGUGAGUUUGUACCGGGGUUAACGGGCAGCGCCGUUACACCGCCAGUGGCACCGGGCCGGCGGCUCCUUUGCUCCUGCAGGGGAACAUAAAGGCGAUUUUUCAUCUGCAUACGUGUGUUUUGUAAAUCAGCUGAGAACUUUGACGAGACUCGGAAGAGAAUGAGGCCGCUGGAGCACUUUAUAAAUAAUAAAGCCGAAAUCAGCAAUAGCACAGGCAACACACCGCAUCCCGGGUGCCUUGAGAAGAAAACUGGUCCCGGACAGUCUGGUCUCUGCUGGUGUUUUGGGAUCAGUGGGAGGCUGGUGGGUUUUGCAGGGCACCUGCCAGCGCGUACAUCCCUCAGGCCACGAGCCCGGCACUCCUGGCCUUGCACACGCGUGUGCCCAGGCCCUGCACCCAGCGCACACGGGGGGCGCUGGAUCGGCCCCUGCUGCUCCCAGUGCUGGUGAAGCCCACGCUGGCGGGUUACCCAGGCGGGUCGGGAGGGCCGGCUGCCCGCGCGGGGGGCUCUGCCGCCAACCCGUCGGUGUCCCCGGGGUGGCGGAGGAGCCGGGAGGGUGAACGCCCUCCCCGCGGCUUCUUGCGGCCGGCACGCCCACGCGUGUACCUGCGGGCGUUAACUCUGUGCGGGCCCCGACGUGGGUGAGCAGCCGGCACCGGGGCGAGCCGGAGAGCGGAUUCAGUGGGCCGGGUUACCGAAGGGGGCUCGCCGCUGCCUCAGCUCCACCUCACCGACCCACCCCAAACGCUGCGAGCCCGUUCCGAACCUGUCCGAGGCGCCGCGGAGCAGGCUGAACACUGCCGAGCUCAUUCCGAACCUUUCCGAGCCUCGGCCGAACGCUGCCGAGCCCGUUCCGAACCUUUCCGAGCCGCCGCGGAGCGGGCCGAACACCGCCGAGCCCCGCUCCGAGUGGGGCCGAGCCCUGGGCGGGCGGAGCCGAAGGCGCCCGAAGCGGCCCGAUCCCCGCGGGGCGCGCGCGGCGGGCUGCGCUCGGCUCCGCAGUGGCGGGGACGGGGGGGGCGCGCGUCCGCGCGUGUCGGGGGCGCGCGCGGGGCGCAGAGGCGGCAGCCAAGAUGGCGGCGCGGGUGGCGCAGGGGCCGGCAGCCCCCGGGCGAGCUUAGGCCGCGGGCACCCCCUUCCCCCCGCCCCCUGCCCCCCCCCGCCCCGGGCGGGCUCUCCGCCGUCGCGGUGUGUCCCCCCGCACACACCCCCUGCGGCGGCCGGCAGGAUGCUGCCCUCGCAAGAAGCCUCCAAGCUCUACCAUGACAACUACGUGCGGAACUCGCGCGCCAUCGGCGUGCUCUGGGCCAUCUUCACCAUCUGCUUCGCCAUCAUCAACGUGGUGGUCUUCAUCCAGCCCUACUGGGUGGGCGACAGCGUCAACACCCCCAAGCCCGGGUACUUCGGGCUGUUCCACUACUGCGUGGGCAGCGGGCUGGCGGGCCGGGAGCUGUCGUGCCGCGGCUCCUUCACCGACUUCAGCACCAUCCCCUCGGGCGCCUUCCAGGCCGCCGCCUUCUUCGUGCUGCUCUCCAUGGUGCUGACGCUGGGCUGCAUCACCUGCUUCGCCCUCUUCUUCUUCUGCAACACCGCCACCGUCUACAAGAUCUGCGCCUGGAUGCAGCUGCUGGCAGCGCUCUGCCUGGUGCUGGGCUGCAUGAUCUUUCCCGAUGGCUGGGAUGCAGAGACCAUCCGGGACAUGUGCGGGGAGAAGACGGGGAAAUACUCCCUGGGCGACUGCUCCGUGCGCUGGGCGUACAUCCUGGCCAUCAUCGGCAUCCUCAACGCCCUCAUCCUCUCCUUCCUGGCCUUCGUCCUCGGCAACCGGCAGAACGACCUGCUGCACGAGGAGCUCAAGACAGAGAGCAAAGAUUUUGUCGGCAUCGCGAGGAUAUAAGGCUGAGCGCCCGCAGCAGGACCCUCUUCCCACGGCCGGCAGUCUGGGCGCUCCCUCCCCAUCCUGCCCUCCAUCUGCUGCCAGUGGCCGCGCAGAACCCCACGCCGCCCCCCGGGCCCUGCCGCUCACGCCGGAGACGUGCCAGCCGCCCACCGCGUCCACGGCCACCUCCAUGUCCACGCUGGCACCGCCAUCUCACGCACCCUGCCAGCCCCGCGCCCCUCGCCGCCCGCAGACCGCCGCGGGAGGAUGCCCCAGACCUGCUUCGUUCAAAAACAGCAUCCAACUGUGGUUUUGUUUCAAGGAAAAAACAGAGUUUUUAACAGAUUUCUACAUCCCCAGGACUCCUGACCCGCUGCCUCCCACCCGAACGUGCGCCCACUGACGCCCUGUGCCGGCUGCUCCGGGCCCCAGCCCCUCCCCGCUCCCAUUUUGUACAGCUCCGUGAUCCUGUCUCCAUGGCUGGGGGACCCGGUGGCCAGGAUGGGGCCCAGCCUUUACUUUCAUGUGUAAAUUCAUAUUCUCUAAACAGGGUAAAGUGACUCGAGCCCCCUCGUCCCCCUGCGGGACAUGGUGUUCCUGGCACGUGGCCGCAGCUGCUGCUCGCUGUCCCCAGCGCGGGGACCGCAGGGGUCUCGCUGCUGCCGGCCACGGGGACACCCGACUCGCGCCGCUGCUGAAUGUAAACCCUGGUAAGUGGGAGCAGCUGAACAUGCAAACCCCCCUGGGUGGGCACAGGAGGAGCCCCCACCAGCCCCCUCCCCAAGCCGGCCGCAGGCUGUUGCCAAACACCUUCCCUCCCUAUACGGUGCUUUAUCUCCACUCGUGACAGCAAGGCUCUCCCUGCUACACACAGCUGGGGGGACCCGGGCACUCCUGUGCCUACCCUGGCUGUGUCCCCUGGCUGCCCCUUGCUGCCACAUGGCAAUGGCCCGUGGGGAAGUGGCAGAACUGAGCCCAGCAGCCCCUGAGCACGACCCGGCCCCCAUUGCACACACACGACACCCCGGCACGGGCGGCCGCGGCACAGCCGCAGCUCUGCUGGCCAGGCCGGUGCGUGUGGGCCAGCAACGCAAUAAAGUCCUCAGCACUGGCCGCGUCUGGGUGCAAGUGUCCGGGGGCUGUUUGCAGGGCCCCAGGCAGGGUAGGGCCCCCAGCUCCCCAGGGAGCUCGCGGGGGCCCUGGCAGGGCUGGGCAAAGCCUGGGAGCAGGGCCAAGCCGGGCGCAGGGAGCAGAGCGGGACUGUGAGCCUGGGACGGGCAGAGGAGCUGCUGCCUGUCUGCAGGCAGCGGGGCAGGGUCACAGCAUGGGGAGGCUGCUGGAGACGCAGCAAGGGGCCCUGCAGGAACCACCACCCACCCAGGGCUGGUGGGAGCUGGUAAGUUGCUCUGUGGGGUGGCGGUAAAGGACGGAGCUGUGCCGAAACACCCACCAGCAGCCAGAGUCACCUGGGACGGCGUGGGUGCUGGCACUCCUUAUGCCAACAGCCUCUGACAAGCCUGGCGGCAUCUGCAUCCCUCCAGUGGCAACCGCAUCCAUCUGGUGGCAUCCGCAUCCCUCCAGAGCCUCCUCCCUGGAGCGGGGCCGGCAGGAGCCCCCGCGCCCGGCCCUGGCAGCGCCCGGGUCUCGCCAGCUUGUGAGCGCUGCUGCCGGCUGAAUUGGAAAAAAACAAAGGAAGAAAAAAAAUAUCAGUGGAGAAGGGAAUACAGUAGCUGUAAUAUAUCUGUAUUUUAGUACAAAGUUUGAUACAGUGUUUCACAAAAACCUUAUUGAAAAAUAUAAUUCAAACCAGA